CUGAGCGCCGCGCUGUGCCCGCAGGAGCUGGAGAGCAUGAUGGAGCCGCAGGAGCUGGGCCUGGAGCAGCCGCUGGCCGCCCCCGAGCAGGGCCCCGGCGGCGAGGCCGAGCUGCCCGCCGCGGAGAUCUCCCUGACGCUCGUCACCGAGAUCCAGGCCGUGGACAGGAAGGUGGACACGCAGGCGGCCCAGCUGAUGAACCUGGAGGGCAGGAUGAGGAUGGCCGAGACGAAGCUGAUCGGCUGCGAGAAGACGGCGGUGGAGUUCGGGAACCAGCUGGAGAGCAAGUGGACGGCGCUGGGCACCCUCAUCCAGGAGUACGGGCAGCUGCAGAAGCGCCUGGAGAACAUGGAGAACCUGCUCAAGAACAGGAACUUCUGGAUCCUGCGGCUGCCCCCGGGGGCGAAAGGGGAAGUCCCCAAG